AAAUAUAAAAGGAGGAGGGAAAGGAGAAGGAAGGGGAGAAAAAAAAGAGUCGAGGACACGGGCACACACACAGAAGCCUCCUCUUUUCUCGAUGCCUGGUGGAGCUCGUUCCCAGCCCUCCUGCCAACCUGCUGCCGCCCGCUGCCUGCUCUGCCCCACAGAAGCCGCGGCUCAGCCCCACACCGGGGUCCUGGGCAAGGGGAGACCCUCCCGGUGCUGUCGUUCUCCUCGUUUCCUUCACCGCGAAGAAGAAGAGCGACGGUGCACCCCGAGCGAGGGCAGAGGAUGGCCUCAGCCCUCCCGCUGCUGCUCCUCUGGUUGUUUGUCCCCACGGUGGUCCCGGAGGUGUUUGGCCUCGCAGAUGGCACAGAGGACCUCAAGGCUCUGCAGGUCUCCAUCCCACGUCACCCGGCUCUCGAUGCCGUGCUGGCAGGCGACAUCACCAUCCCCUGCCUCAUCAACUACCUCGGUGCCCAGCCCACCGCGGGUCCAGCCGGACGCCGGGCGGUCCUGGGAACCCCCCGGGUCAAGUGGACGUUCAUCUCUGAGGGCAGGGAGGUGGAGAUCUUGGUAGCCCGGGGGGAUAGGGUGAAGGUGAGCGAAGAGUAUCGCUUCCGUGCCUCCUUGCCCAUCUUCCACCAGCGCUACACCAACGCCUCCCUGCUGCUCACCGAGCUGCGGCCCAAUGACUCGGGGAUCUAUCGCUGCGACGUGCAGCACGGCAUCGAGGACGGCCACGACAUCCUCUACGUCAAAGUCAAAGGGGUGGUGUUUCACUACCGGGAGGGCUCCACGCGCUACGCCUACACCUUCGCCGAGGCGCAGGAAGCUUGUGCCAGGAUCGGUGCUCGCAUCGCCACUCCCGAGCAACUCUACGCUGCCUACCUCGGCGGCUACGAGCAGUGUGAUGCCGGCUGGAUCGCCGACCAGACCGUCAGGUACCCCAUCCACACACCCCGAGAGGCCUGUUACGGAGACAUGAACGGCUUCCCCGGGGUGAGGAACUACGGGGUGGUGGAUCCAGAGGACAUGUACGACGUGUACUGCUACGCCGAGGACCUCCCAGGGGAGAUAUUUUUGGAGACAGCCCCAGACAAAUUCACGCUGGAGGAGGCGGCUGCGCGGUGCCAGGCGCUGGGUGCAGAGUUGGCGAGCACAGGGCAGCUCUACGCGGCUUGGAGCGUGGGGCUGGAUGCGUGCAGCCCCGGCUGGCUGGCCGACGGCAGCGUCCGCUACCCCAUCGUCACCCCUCGGGAACGCUGCGGCGGAGCUCUGCCGGGCGUCAAAACCAUCUUCCUCUUCCGCAACCAGACGGGAUUCCCCGAUGCCCAGAGCAGAUACGAUGCGUAUUGCUUUCGAGAAGGGACAAACUCUUUCCCUGAGGCUGCAGGAAAAUACCAAGCCCGAGAGCCCGAGGGCCUCCAGGAGAUUGUUACAGUGGCAGAAAAGCUGGAGGAGCUGCAGCUGCCCAAAGCGCAAGUGGAGAUUGAGUCGCGAGGGGCUAUAUACGCCGUCCCUUUCUUUGAGGACGCUGACUUGGAAAAGCCGAGCCCGUCCCCCGAAGACGGACCAGGGCCAGGGGCCCGGCACCCCCCGCUAGAUACCUCCGUGUCCUCAGAGGAGGAACAGGGAGCGGCGCUGGGCAGCACGUCGGUGGAGAGCCCGGGCGGAGGGCGAGACCCCGUGGAGCCGGAUGGAGCCGCCGGCACGCAGACGCUCUCCACGGCCCAACGGGAGGGAUCCCCGGGUGCCCCAUCCUCAGCAGAAGGUGACACACCACCUCCCGAGGGCAUUCCUCAGCCACCCAGCCCCACCAUCCCCACGUGCCGCCCCGACCGCCCGUUGGACGCCGUGGGGCGGCCGUCACGCACUGCCAGCCCUGGGCCACCCGGGCAGAAGGUGACGACGCCAACCAGUGCCACUUCUGCCACCUCGACAGAUAGCCGAGAGCCCGGUGGGACCCCCCGGCGCGGCCACGAGUCUGACGGGGCGAGCAGCCCUGUGGCCACCGCUGAAGAUGCUGAGCUCUCGGGAGAUGUAGGGGAAAGCCCCGGGGUGUCCCCGUUGCCCCCCGCGCCAUCGCAGCCGCAGGAGGAGGCAGAGGAGCAGUCGGGGUCCCUGUGGGUCCCCUCGCCCGUGGCCCCGGGGGAUGGGAGCAGCGUCCCGGCGGUGACCCCAUGGCACACAGAGCUCGCCAGCAGCAGCGCGGUGGGUGCAGGAGGCGAGGAGGCUGUGCCACAACCCGCGGGCACUGAACACACGAUUCCGGCUGCUUCUUCGGAAGAGGAGGAAGAGAAGGAAGAGGAGGAGGAGGAAGAGAAGGAGGAUGAACAACCCGCUCCCUCUGUUGCAACCGUGGAGGGGUUCCUCGCAACCAUUCCCGGAGAACCAGGUGGCUGCAUCCCCAACCCCUGCCUGAACGGAGGGACCUGCAUGGAGAACGGCUCCCACCUCGCCUGCCUGUGCCUGCCCGGCUACGGAGGCAGCAGCUGUGAAAGACCGCUGGAGAAGUGCAGCCCCGGCUGGGAGAACUUCCAAGGAGCCUGCUACAAGUAUUUCUCCACCCGGAGGAGCUGGGAGGAUGCAGAGAGCCAGUGCAGGUAUUAUGGGGGGCACCUGGCCACCAUCCUGACCCCUGAAGAGCAGGACUUCAUCAACGACCAGUACAGGGAGUACCAGUGGAUCGGCUUGAACGACCGGACCAUCGAAGGGGAUUUCCAGUGGUCCGAUGGGAGUCCUUUGCUCUACGAGAACUGGCACCCCGGGCAGCCCGACAGCUAUUUUCUCUCUGGGGAGAACUGCGUGGUCAUCGUGUGGCACGACGGGGGGCAAUGGAGCGAUGUGCCCUGCAACUACCACCUCUCCUAUACUUGCAAAAUGGGGCUGGUGCAUUGUGGGCCCCCCCCAAACGUGAGCAACGCCCGCGCCUUCGGCAAACCAAAGCAGCGCUAUGAGAUCGGCUCCAUCACGCGGUACCAGUGCCGUCUCGGCUUCAUCCAGCGCCGCUCGCCCAUCAUCCGGUGCCAAGAGGAUGGGACGUGGGAGCCCCCCCAGCUGCUCUGCCGCCCCGGCCUGGCUCAGCCCCCCGAGGACUGAGUUAGUCCCCAAGACAGAAGCCACCACCUCCUUGGACCCCGGAGCUGGCGUGGAUGGAGAUGGCACCGGGACGAAACCUCUCUGUUGGGCGUCUGCCUCCUUGUUUGUUUUAUAUCUGUACAAAGAAACCCUAAAAACUAAAUAACUCCUUUUCCCUGAACAGGAACCGACUACGACCCAAACUGUAGCGCAAGGAGGGGGUUUUAUUCCUGGAGUCGCAACCGAAUCAAAAUCUGGGGGCAAUCAUGGGUGGGUGAUGGCAUUGACCAAGGUCACAUCCAGCUUUCUUCCACCUCUAGCGCAACUGUCCUCAUGCCGUGACACCUUGGUGUGGGGUGACGUGGGGACAGCCAAGGUGUGCUGCAGCUCAGCCCCCAUCCUGGGGUGCAGGGAGGGGGUUUGCACUCCCCAGGAAGGGCAGAAGCUGCUGCUGCACGUUUGGAGUGGGUACGCGUCGCCCAAACCCCGACUCUGUGCUCCUGUGGGUAUUAAAUCCAAUCGAAGGAUGGUGCAGAGCGGU